CCUGUUUCGGCAGCAGACUCCAUUUUGAAGCGGCUGCCCAGGACUCGGUCCCGAGUAAACAACCAACUUGUGUCACCCCGCCGCCUCAUAAACCUUACACACACACACACACACAUACACAUACACAUAUCUAAACUAUUCCUAUAACCUGAGCCUGAGUGUUCAGCAGGAACUGUAUGAACCCACAUGUGUCUAAUUGAUGACGUGACUUCAAAGCACUUUUUAAAGGUGUAUGACAUUGUAGCGUUUGUGUGUGAAGAAGAAGACUACUAAGAGUAGCAGGUGUGUUUUUAGGAACUGUUUUAAGUAACAAAAUGUAGCGCAGGACAGCGAGGCUGGAGAGCCCGCGACGGAUUGGAUUGGCUGUUCUCACACACACACACACACACACACACACACACACUCGAGACACAACCGGGGGCAGGUCGGCACGCCGAGGAAACCAUCACCGUUUCAAUGGAGAGAAAGUAAGAUCCACCGAAAGGGGCCGCUAGCUUCACUGUCAAGAAUAUGUGCUCAGGUUUCUCGGCCUAGUGCUGCUGCUGCUGCUGCUGGGAUUUGCUGAGGCACUCACACAUUGGGGGAAAAGGCCAUUUCGACUGCAAAAAGCGCAGGAUUUUCGGUGUCCACGUCCGCGUGCGAGAUGUGAAUGCAGAUCAACAACUCAAAGUCAAAGCCUCUUCCACCAUUAAAGUACCUAGAAGGUGAAGUUAUCUGGGCCAAGUUCAACCGUAGACCAUGGUGGCCAUGUCGCGUGACCAUCGAUCCUGCAUCGGAAACGUAUCACAGAAUAAAAGAGCCGAGGGAUAAUCCUUGUCGCCAGUAUUACAUCAAGACGUUUGGGGAACCUGAGGAACUGGCCUGGGUCUCCGAGAAAGCCAUGCAUGUAUUUGUUGGUGAAUAUCAGUUUCACAAUCUCCCUGGUCCAAAGAGAGGGGUACCCAAGCGGUUUCUAAGCUCUUGGAGUUGUAGUGUAGCUGAAGCUGAGGCGCAUUUCCUGGAUAAGCCCAGGAUACCUGUAAUAACUUCUGAAUUCACAGAAAAGUGUUCAAUCGAUGAAAAAACGAAAGGUCAAGAAGACAAGGUGUCUGACUCCCGGUUGCUCCUGGGAAUCCCUGGAAACGGUCGGCAAGUCAACGGGAAGAUUUCACAUCAAGACCAGAACUUUUUGACGAAGUCCAAAUGCAAAAAGAAGCAAAGUAAGUCCUCGGCGGAGUUUUUCGCAAAGUACGACAAGUUUGUCUGUGGAAAGACCGAGACAGAAGAAGUGGUGGAUAGUCCCUAUUCCGACAUCGACUCCGUGCCGCAAAUUCGCCGAUGUCCCAAAGGAGGUGGCCGAGCCUCGCUGAACUCCACUCCCGAUCAGCCUGUAGGGCAGGUGACAAGCCAGAACGAUAAAGAAGCGAAGAAAAAUAUCGAGGGUGGUCUGUGGUUCAGCAAAGCUGGAAAAGGACAAACCAGUGGGGUAUUUAGUCGUGCGGGAAUUAAAUCUGUUAAUUGCUCUUUUGGUAAGGUAUCAUGUAAGAUCAAGAUACCCGAGUCGGCGAGUAUGAAGUCCAGAGACAACCAAGUCACGGGAUUCGAACACCAAUCUGUGGACACCAAGAAAACUCUCGACAAGAGAGUUGCGUGUCUUCCAGCUAGCAGUCGAUUGAUGACGAGAGCACUAAAAGCAAUGGAAGACGCUCGGCUCCGGCAGACGUCUAGCCAAGAUCUUAAACAAACUCUGCCAGGCGGUGAAAGUGAGAACGACGUACGCGUCACAAGAUGUGCGUCUACCGAAAAGACAAAAGUCAAAUCGAGACGGCCGAAAAUUUCAGCGCGGCCCGAUUUAAACGCGGAUUUAAAAGCAAAAUCCGACGCCGUUCCCAAGGCGCCUCUCAAUCCGUCUGAUCUGGAAGACAACGAGGUCGUUGUCAAGUCGGAGGACGAAUCUUGUUCGAUAUCUUCCGUACCACUCGGUUUCAACGCGUCGGAAGUGAAACAAGAGACUCGAGCGUCCGAGGCAUCGGCGUUUUCCACGGCAUCUCCGUUCCGUGUAAACAUACAGGACGGCGAAGACAUGAAAGAAAUAACCUUCAAGUCGCUGGAAAACGAAAAAAACGGAACGUCGGCCAGAUUUCGUCCAGACGCAAACUAUAAAUAUAGCACGUUCCUGAUGUUGUUAAAGGACAUACAUGACAGUCGAGAAAAAGAUGGCCGACCCGUGGUCAUGGAAACUAUACCCGCGACAAAACUCAUUAAAGAGGAGCCUUCGACGAUUUCAGAACGAGAUCUGAAAAGUCGUUUCGGUCGCGUUAAGGAUAAUACUGACCGCUGCACGUGGGCGGGGCUUAAGAAGUACGGACAGAGCAAAAUGUCUGCUUUUAAGUCGAAGCAAAACAAAACAAAUGCAAAGUUUGGUCCUGAUCUGCGAGAGGUCAACGGUUGUGUCGUUCAGCGUUGCCCGAGCAUUUCUACUGUACCGAAAUCUGCUAAAAAACCUAGCAAAAAAAGUCAAGCGGCCGUGAAGAAGAGCCUUGAUGACAUUUUUGUGCCUUCGGAGUUGUCAACACGUGCGUGUAGCAGGAAGUCGGAUGCAAACACACCUUCGCCGGGGUCCAAACCCCUCGCCGAGAACUCGGAGAAUAGUUUUUUGGGCAGUGUACCUAAAAAACGCUGGCAGAAGUUUGAGCAGGACGUCGUGAAGGUGUCGCAGGCGGAGAUCAGAAGUGAGCAAGGACCAGGGCAACCUUCAGAACGGAAAAGCGUCGUGGAGCCUGGUGCCGAAACGACGACUCCGACAUCGUCUGCGUCAGCUAAAGAGAUGUCCGUAAACACAGCAAACGUAGCUCCAAAUACCUGUGAGGUUUCGAGUUUCCCCACAGAGAGCAAACGCAUCAGAAAGCCUAGCAAAAGACUCAUCGAGUGGACAGAGGAAUACGACCACAUAUUUGCCACUAAGAAGAAAGCGAAGAAGCAACCGGAAUCCUUGCAGAAGGUUAUUAAAAACAGGUCUGUUAAUAUGACGGAGAAAUCCUCAGGCGUACAGCGACAUCAAGGAGCGAUACGACGUGCGCCGAACCCCUUACCGGAAAUUCAGACUCCUCCCCCUGAAGAGAGGUCUAAGACUCCUCCCAUGCUAGAAAAUCCUCCGUGUCAAGAGAGCCAGGUUAUGGCUGUAGACACACUAACUCCGCCACCAGAAACAGAAACCUCCCUGUAUGGAGAAAAUUGUUUUAAGGAACAGCUUCCGGUUCAGAAUUGUUCUACCGCUGGCGAUGGCAUCUGUUUAAGCACAAAGAGGCAGAGGAAACCCACCAAGAAAAUUCUAGAGAGUUCAAUCGAAGCUGAACCAAUUCUGACGCCAAAAAAGAAGGUGAAAACCCAGAGGAACGGUUCUUCAGGACAUGCCGCUCAUUCAGGCUUUGGACAAUCAAAAAGUAAGAGCAAGCAGCCUGCUGUAUUCGCUCCUGAAGAGAACGUCCCAAUUUCAGAGAGUACAGAGAGGGAGGCGGAUAUCACUCCUACGAACCCUGACACACUUAACCCUGAGACAGCCAAGGACGGCAAAUACACUCUGGAAUCUGAGGUAUUUGACCCCACUGAUGACUGCUCUGAGAUGAAAAAUGAAUCGGCUGAUAGCAGACUGUCGGCGGAGAAAGGGAGUGGCGUAUUUCCGAAAGACGGCGUUUGUCAGGUUUGUGAGAAACAGGGAGAGCUGCUUCUGUGUGAAGGCCAGUGCUGCAGCACGUUCCACCCACAAUGUGUCGGCCUGACCGCGCCGCCGACCGGGAAGUUUCUGUGUCAGCAGUGCACUUCUGGCGCACACGAAUGUUUCAUGUGUAAGAAGCUGGACGACGACGUGAGGCGCUGCAUGGUCCCUGCCUGCGGGAAGUUCUACCACGGAGAGUGCAUUGCCGGCCACGCCCUCACGGUGCCUUUAAACCGAGGCUUCCGCUGCUCCCUCCAUGCUUGUCUCGCCUGCUUCAUCACCAACCCGAGCAACCCCUCCGUUUACAAAGGUCGACUGAUCCACUGCGUCAGAUGCCCCGUUGCAUACCACGCUAGCGAUUACUGCAUCCCUGCUGGCAGCGUCGUCUUGUCCGCUAACUGCAUCCUCUGUCCCAACCACUUCGUGCCACGAAAGGGCUGCCGCAAUCACGAACACGUCAACGUCAGUUGGUGCUUCGUUUGCUCGGAAGGAGGUAGCCUGCUCUGCUGCGAGUCCUGUCCCGCCGCUUUCCACCGUGAGUGUCUGAACAUCGACAUGCCCGAGGGGAGCUGGUUCUGUAACGACUGUCGAGCCGGGAAGAAACCACACUAUAAAGAAGUGGUGUGGGUGAAAGUGGGUCGAUAUAGAUGGUGGCCCGCUGAAGUCAGCAACCCUAAGGACGUUCCGGAAAAUAUCCUGCGGAUGAGGCACGACGUCGGCGAGUUUCCGGUCCUUUUCUUCGGUUCCAACGACUACCUGUGGACGUACCAGGCUCGGGUCUUUCCGUACAUGGAAGGAGACGCCAACAAUAAAGACAAAAUGGGAAAGGGGGUCGACUCCAUUUACAGGAAAGCUCUGGACGAAGCCGCCGGAAGAUUCCGGGAACUGCAGGCAGAGAAGGAACUCCGGCAGCUCCAGGAGGACAGAAGAAACGACAAGAAGCCUCCUCCUUACAAGCACAUCAAGGUGAACCGACCGAUCGGCAAAGUGCAGAUCAUUACGGCCGACUUGUCCGAGAUCCCACGCUGCAACUGCAGAGCGACGGACGAGAACCCCUGCGGCAUGGACUCGGAGUGCAUCAACCGCAUGCUCCUCUACGAAUGCCACCCUCAGGUCUGCCCAGCGGGGGAGACGUGCCAGAACCAGUGCUUCACCAAGCGCCAGUACUCGCAGGUGGAAAUCUUCAGGACGUUGUCCCGGGGCUGGGGCCUGCGCUGCUGUCACGACAUCAAGAAGGGCGCGUUCGUAAGCGAGUACGUCGGCGAGGUGAUCGACGAGGAGGAAUGCCGAGCUCGGAUCAAGCGGGCGCAGGAGAACGACAUUGGGAAUUUCUACCUGCUGACUCUAGACAAGGACCGCAUAAUUGACGCCGGACCUAAAGGAAACCAGGCCAGAUUCAUGAACCAUAGCUGCCAGCCAAACUGCGAGACCCAGAAAUGGACCGUAAACGGAGACACCCGGGUCGGACUGUUUGCACUGGUGGACAUUGCUGCUGGCACCGAGCUGACGUUCAACUAUAACCUCGAGUGUCUGGGCAACGGGAAGACCGUGUGUAAAUGCGGCGCGCCGAACUGCAGUGGCUUUCUAGGUGUAAGACCAAAGAAUAACCCUCCCGCAGACGACAAGGGCCGUAAGAUGAAGAGGAAAGGCCACGUAAAGCGCAAGUCGCAGCAAGAGCUGACCAAGGAGCGAGAAGACGAGUGCUUCAGCUGUGGAGACGGUGGACAGAUGGUUUCAUGUAAGAGACCUGGGUGUCCAAAGGUUUAUCACGCAGACUGUCUCAACCUGACCAAGAGACCUGCAGGGCGUUGGGAGUGUCCGUGGCACCAGUGUGACCUGUGUGGUCAGGAAGCCGCCUCGUUCUGCGAGAUGUGCCCCAGUUCCUACUGUGUGGAGCACCGCGACAGCAUGCUCUUCAUCUCCAAGCUGGACGGCCGACUGUCCUGCAGCGAACACGACCCGUGCGGACCCGAGCCUCUAGAACCGGGCGAGAUCCGCGAAUACCUCCCGGAACACGUUAACGCCUACCCGGUGAAGGCUUUACCGCUUUACCAAUUCCCAGCGUGCCACUCCGGUCCGCUUCUUCAAUCCUCCGACGCUUUGCUGAUGCCCUCUAGCCCUCCUUCCAGUCCUUCCCUCGCGGUCGCCUUUACCAGCCCGUACUCGCCGAUAUCGUCCUGCGGGGAAGACGAAAACCCGCUGGAGCAGGAGGACGACGUGGAAGAGGACGGUGCGAUCAUCGUAGAGGAAGCUAACGAACGCACUCGGUCAGAAACGCGGUAUAAAAGGCGUCCGAAAGUCACGCAGGCCGUGUGAAUUUCUACAGAAACGUAGGGAACAGCCGUAGAAUUGGAUUUCGACGCCGCUUAAAGCGGAAAAAACGAUCAUCAACCCUGGUGGAUUUAGAAUUUAAUCAAUUCUUGUUUUUUUUUUUGAUUCGGCGCUUCUUAGAUUUACACGUAGACGUGCGAAGCAUGGAAACGUGACACUUUGAGAAAACGGACGACUCUGAAACGAAUUACGAAAUGAGUGACGUUCAGGACAGAGACCACGUCUGAAAGUCCACUUCAGUCCUAGUGACCGAUUAACAAAUUCCCGUUUGUUCCUCGCGAUAAAGUUUUUGCACUCACCACUUUUAGAUCCUUCCAGUACGAGCCCUGGCUGGCUAGCGUAGCGCAAAAACAGCCCGAAUCCCCGUUCCCGGGCUCCACAGCCGCUGUCCCAGCAUCGCCCGAAGCCGUGGUCUGCACUUACCGCUUUACAAACCACUUUUAACGGAAAUCUCAAAGAGAUUCAGAUUCCUUCAAAUCCCCUCCGACAGAAAAGACACGUAACGGUGUUUAUUUCUGAGAGAAAUAGUUUGACGUAACGUAGAAAAUCCUCCUCGAGGGCCGGUUUUGCACAUUAUGACCGCUCGUAAAAAUGAUAACAUCGAGACACGGGAAAGAUUCUUAAAUAUAGAACCGCGUGGGGGAAAAAAAAACACACCCCAACGCUGGAUACGCCGAACGAGACGUUCUUCGACAGCGUGCAUCCACCGUUUGACUUUAUAAUGCCUUAUGAACGUGCACUCGUACCGAAACGGACGCCGCUCGCCGCUCAUGUUAAAAGAGGUCGUUUUUAACCCGUCGCGUUAACUGCAGUAAUUAGAUCUAGUGUCUUAAAUCAGUUACACAAUACGUUGUUAUUCUGGUGUCAUAAUCACCAGCCGUGCGUUUUUUGUUUUUGUUUUUAUUUGUAAAUCGAGGCGGCGAUUUUGGGCAGCGUUCGCACUCCUGAGAUGAAACGCCGUCGUGCUCGGAAGGCGGCACGAACGCAAUGAUCUCCUAAGGUAACUGUUUUUACGGAAAGUCCACCUCGAAACACAUUAAACGUGCUCAUACUGAAACUCGACGAUCUCAAGCGUAAGGGAUAACUUGUAGCUCGUGAAAACAAGAGCCCGUUCACGUCACGUGAACGACGCGUGGAGUCGUCGGCGUCGCACGAACGCAGCGCGGCGAUACUCGAUGGCGUGUUAGCGUGAAAGAAAGUCGAAAUUUAAGAACCUUAUCAGCGUGAAGCGAGUGUACAGACGAGGAGGCGAGAGCGCAAGACUAAAAGUACUAAAGCGUCGCUGCAUCGCUCUGGUCAGAGAGAGAUGAAGCGAGGUAGGGCUUCGACUUCAGCAUCGGCGGGCGGUCGAACGGCAUCGUGGGUAAUGGAGAAAACCGCUGAAGAGUUUGAUUCCAAAAUAAAUCCAGAAUGCUGUUGAAGAUCACAUGUUAAUGAGAAGGAUUAACACGCGAGGCGAGGCGUUCAGGGUGGAUUUUUUCCUUUAACUGUUUUCCACGAGUUCUGGACACUUCCACUGUCUUCUGAAAUAUAAAUGUAUCAAAUGAGUAAUUAGUAAUUAAGUCAUGGAUGCGACUGAGUGACCUUUCGCUGAAUGUCACAGCGGAGGUUCUUAAUAAGGGAGGCUUGGGCGUCUUUCUAAAGCUGAAUCGAAUUGUGAUAUCCACUCGACGAGCACUUUAUUAGGAACACCGUACUGAUACUCACGCUUUUCUUCCAGUACAGCCUCGAUCCUCCGUGGCACGGGAGGAUCUGUUGAUAUUGACAACAAUCUCCCGUGCUACCACAUCCCAAAGGUGCUCUACCGGUACUUCUGUUGAAGUACCCUGAACUCAUUGUUCUCCUGGUGCUCUCUGAUAUGGCGCGUUAUGGUUCUGGAUAAUCAUAAGAUUUACAUUUACAUUUAUUCAUUUAGCGGACGCUUUUAUCCAACUUAGAAAUGAGGAAAUACAAAAGCAAAGCGAUAUAUCAAGCGGAGAGCAAUACGAGUAGAAGAUAGGUCAAUUGUGGGACAUGGGGAUGCAUAUGGUCAGCAACAAUACUUAGAGAGGUCGUGGCAUUCGGUUGGCAACAAUGUGCACCAAGUAACCAAGCAACCCCACACCAUUACACUACCACCACCAGCCUGAACUGUCGUCACAAGGCAGGUUGGGUCCAUGGAAUCGUGCUUUUGAAGGCAAAAACUCUUAUCGGACCCUGUAGCAGAAAUCAGAAUUCAUCAGAUGGGUGCGAUGAGGUUUUUCCAACCUUCCGUUCACUUUUGACGGGCCUGUGCGCAACUUCUGGCACCAACAACACUGAGAAGUCACGCCGAUCUCAUGUGAACAUUAACCCAAACCCUUAACCUGUGUUUGGAUGAUUCUACGCAUCACGCUGCUGCCACAUGAUUGGCUGACUGAAUAAGCAAGGAUACAGGUGUUCCUAAUAAAGUGGUCAGUGAGUGUAUAUUGUUCUAGAUUUAUAGUAUGUGUACCAGAUAGAUGGAAAUCAUAUUUAUGCCUUUGUGCUUCUGUAGUUUUGCACUCGAGGCUAACGGACCACCAGCUAACAUCGUGCAGACUGCUUUUCUUUAAUCACACAAAAGAAUUAUCUCAA